AUGGAGAAAACAUCGAAUUGGGGAUCCCUCACAGACCUCCUCCUGGAUUCAAUUCUUAAGAAGUUGGUUUCCCUCAUCGAUUACGUCCGCUUCAGUGCCGCCUGCAAGCAUCGGAGCGCCGUAGCAGCAGAUCCAAACAUGGAAAAGUUACAUAUUGAAACUUCUGCAAAUAAUCAACUCCCCCUCCUGAUGAUCCCAACAAUAAAGGGUAGUCGCAAAAGCCGUACCUUGUACAACUUAAGUCAUGGCAAAGCCAAUUACGACGUGGAAUUAUCAGUGCCCCUCCACAGAAGAUGUUGUGGUUCUUCCCAUGGAUGGUUAGCGUUUGCCAUGGAUGAUCUUUCCAUAACUCUUUUCAAUCCUUUCACCGAAAAGGUGGUUUUGUUAGCCAAUCCAAUUACAAAUCCAGAAUAUGAGGUAGCUGUCAUAUAUGGUGAUAUGCACCAAUUAGUAUUCAUCAAAGCUGGUUAUGAGAAGUCUUGGAGUUUUAUUGAACUUGAUUAUUGGAAAAUCACAAUAGAAGAUUUCGUUGGCUCAAAAGAAUUUGUUGUCUCAGAUGUUAUAUAUCAUAAGGGAAUUAUCCGUUGCGUGAACUAUCAUAACAGAAUUAGCAAUGAUACUCAGGCAAGGCUUCUACCGAGGAAACAACGGGCAAAAAGCUUUGGACCAGGGGUUUUAGACGACAGAGUAAGAGCAGAUUUGCUUGAAGUUAAAACAAACUUGGUUGAAUCUUCGGGUGGGAAAUUGUUGAUUUUAAGAUGA